CCAUAUGCCAAUCUUGUUCAAAGCUCUAAUUCAGCUAUGGAGCUUUGCAUAAGGUCAAGAUUGCUUCUGAAUUGGAACCAAAAACAAAACCUUCAAUUGCUUGGAAAAAGACCUCUUUUUUCUGUUACUCUUAGAACCCAAUUUUUAGAAUUCAAGAAUAAUAAGAAUUUGGUCUGCAUUCAAAAAGUUCCAUCAAUUUCCCGCCAAACCCAUAGACAAGCAUUUGUUGUUUGCGCUCGUAAAUCUGCAGCAGCAUCAGAUUCUUCUGUAGCUGUUGGACCUGAAAAAGAUAAGCUACCAGCUGACAUUAAAGUCAUUGAGAGCCAAGAGCCCAAUUCAACAUUAAGGUUGACCGUAGAAGUUCCUCCUGCUGUUUGUGAUGAUUGUUACAAAAGGGUCAUGAAUGAGUUCAUGAAGCAAGCUAAGAUCCCCGGAUUUCGUCCUGGAAAGAAUGUUCCAGAGAGUAUUCUUAUGAGUUAUGUUGGCAAGGAAAAUGUUCAGAAGGCGACAGUUGAGUCUGUUUUGAAGAGGACCCUUCCACAUGCGAUGUCUUCGGUGACUGGAAGGGCUCUGAAAGACUCAGUUCGCAUUGCAACGAAAUUCUCCGACAUGGAGAAGGACUAUUCUUCUCUCAACUCUCUCAGAUAUGAUGUUAUUGUAGAUGUGGCACCUGAAGUCAAAUGGAUGUCGGAGAAUGCAUACAAAAAUUUGAAGAUUGUUGUUGAAAUAGACAGUGAUAUUGAUGCGCUGAGAGCUUCUGAAAAAGAAUUAAGACACCGUCAAAAAUCCCUUGGUGCACUGAAAAUUGUAACUGACAGAGGACUGCAGAUUGGCGAUGUUGCAGUGAUUGAUAUUUCGGCAACAAAAACUGAUGAAGAUAAAUCAAAAGUUCAGAAUAUUCCAGAUGCAGAGAGUAAAGGUUUUCAUUUCGAUACAGAAGAUGGUGAUAAAGUACUACCUGGUUUCCUUGAUUCAAUAAUUGGAAUUCAACGAGGUGAAACAAAGUCCUUCCCACUUGUUUUUCCUGAAUCAUGGAAUCAGGAAAGUCUCCGUGGUGUUCAUGCCCAAUUUACCGUUGAGUGCAAGGAAUUAUUUUAUAGAGAUGUGCCAGAACUGGACGACUCCCUUGCUGACAAACUUGUUCCUGGAUGCACCACCUUACAGGAGGUCAAGGAAUCGUUGUUGCAGAGAUGCUUAGAAGUGGAGAGAUCAGCAAAAGACCAAGCAACUGAUAAUGCAAUUCUUGACCAGCUUUGCAAGAUGGUGGAGGUUGAUAUUCCUAAAUCCUUGUUUGAGGAACAAGGUAGACAGCUUUAUGGAGCCAGACUUCUCCAAAUCCAGGCAAAUAUGAGACUAAAUGAGCAGCAGUUGGCUUCUUUAUCUAGUCCAAAGGCAGUUAAUGAGUUCCUAGAGAACCAAAAGGAGAACAUAACGAAGGUGAUAAAACAGAAUCUGGCGGUUGGAGAUAUAUUUAAACAUGAAAAUUUGCAGUUUUCAACAGAGGAGCUUGUCAAAGAAGUUGAGAACUCAAUCGCUGAAUUCAAACGCCACAAACAAGAAUACAAUGAGGAGAGUGUGAGGGAUCAGGUACAAGAGAUACUAGAGGGAGCAAAGGUGCUUGAAUGGCUGAGAGAGCACGCAGAGAUUCAAUACGUAACCAGGUGAGAGAUGAGUCAGUACUCCGUAAGCAUUGGAAAAGGGUCAUGUCAUGUACAAAACCAGAAAUUAUAGAGGUGCUAGUAGUAGUGGCUCAAAGUUUUGUCUCCUCUGCAAUAAAUAUCUCAUAAGAUAGAACCUUUUUAAUAAUAGCACUGUUAAGAAUGAAUGUAGACUUGCAGUUUCAUAAUACCGAAUGUGAACUUAGUGUUGGUGUGGAAAA